AUGGCUUCCAACGCGCAAGCUCCUCGCGUCCCAUCCUCCGCUCGCCAGUUCUUCGUCUUUGACACUCAUCCGACAGGGAGUCUCGAAGCAUCUGUCGUUACGUACGAUACUUCGACGGCAACAUACCAAGUCGCUUGCCCGACGGGUGAUGUGGGCUGCCAAAAAGAGGGUUACUGGCCGGCGAACAUCACUCACAUCGAUGGCUCCAGCUGGAUCGGACGCAACACGGCCACGUCCGGCAUCGAGAAAUGCUGGAACGGCCGUCUUGGCAGCGGCGGCGGAGAUGUGCUUAAGGAUCAGUACCGGCGGUGCCACGUAUCGACGUCAACUCCUUCGCUCAGCACCGGGACGAUGAACGAGGAGCUGCCCGUCAACAAGUGCUUCGUGGAAGCGCGCUCUGUCGUUGUGGCCAUCACUACAGGAUUAGAAAAGGUCGAGGCACUCGACUUCGUCAUUGUCGUUGGAGACGGGGACCGCGACGGGUACGGCAACGGGUACUGCAACAGCUACUGCAACAGGCACGGCGACUGGAACAACAAGUUUGUGUACGCAUGUGAGCUUCGGCCCCGGGAAGAUGGAAUGUCGGCCGGGCUUCCUGACAGCUUUCUAUCGUCGGAAACGGUGCGCGACUCAACAGGCCCAUGA